UUAUGUUAAGGUAGAACGAGAAGGAUGGACUGUUGCAGGUUACCAGAGAGAUGGAGUAGGUGCCGUGAGUACGCCUAGCUCACCAACAAGUCGGCUGCUUAUGGAGUAUGAAAUGCAUCUUCGCAAUACGUUGGCAAAGGGGAUGGAUGCCGAAAGCUACAGCUUACAUACAUUUGAAGCACUUCUUACCCAAAGCAUGGAAAAUCUUGAAUUUGCUGAACAAUUGCCCUCGGCAAAUACUAGGAGUCCUUAUCCAAAUCGUAGACGUGGUGGUAGUAGCUCAAUGAACAAAUCGUCUACUUUACCUCUACCUCAUAGGCUAAGUCUGGAAAGGCCUGCAAGUAGCGCAGCAGUGAGGGAUGGCUAUUACAGUGAUCGCAAUGAAAUGGCUAGGGAAAGGGGCUAUCUUUCUGAUCAUAAUACUUCAAGUCGUUGUGCAUCCUGCUUGGGUGAAUCUGCCCGAGCGCAAUGGUUCCGGCAUUCAGAUGGUUGGCGUUCCGGGUCAUCAACACUAGGCAGCUGCGGAAGCUAUGCAACAAGUACAACAAGUACUCGUCGCUCUCCAUGGGAUUCUCUUCCGAGUCUCAGGCAUGAAGGAAGUCUCAAUGAUUCAGGAUACAAAAGCAACAGAGCUGACUCCUUUGAACAAAGGUUUGUUGUAUUACAUCAUACUUUUAGGUAGACUAGAUUUCGUUAUUUUCUCAAAUUAAACAAAAAUUAUUGGAUUAGGAAUUUUCAGUCUAUUAUUCUCUUUGCCUUAUUAUUCUUGUUCCAUUAUCUUUCAUGUGUCACUUUUAUAUAGGACCUUCCAAGUUUAUCUAUUACUGAUAAUUUUGGCGUCAGCAUUAUUCCUCUUUGAAUUUCUGUGAAAUCUAAAACUGCAUUGGU